CGGCAAAUAAUUAAUGCCACCUGACGCACAAUAUAUCUGAACUCUUCCUCAUCAUCUGUCUUCUUCUGUCGGUCACUUUUACACUCUGGACAUUCCAGUGCAGUCUCUGACACAGCUUGAUCAAAAUACCAAGGUCUAUCUAUAGCAAGAAAACGCAACAAAAAAAACAUCAACAUGUCUCGUACCAACAGCGAUGAGCAGCUCCAGUUCCUGCUCAGUUGUAUCAGGUACUCGAACAAUGGAAAGGUUGACUUCACUGAAGUCGCGAAAGAAUGCAAAAUCGUCUCCAAGGGCGCGGCCGCCAAACGCUACGAGCGCAUGAUGAAAGCGAACGGCAUCAAUCCUAACGGUGGACCGUGUCCUCCUUCGGCUUCUCCCGACUCCAAAACCAAUACCCCGACCAAGGGUGCCACUGUGGGAAAAGCCACUAAGCGCAAGUCGAACGGAGGCAGUCCUGAGUCCAAGAAGGCGAAGAUCAAGAAAGCUGCGAUCGAGAAUGCGGAGAAGCUUGUUGUUCCGAAGGAGGAACCAUCUGACAAUGAAAGCAAAGAUACCCCUUCUCACACUGCGUAUCUCAGCCAGGGAGCGAUGGCGGACGAGGACACUGACAAGGACUUGUUUGAUCAGUUCUGCAACACUGGCGAGGAUGAUUCUCAGGAGGAGGAGCUCUUCGCGUAGCCGUGUGGCUGUUCUGCUAACAAUGUGUUUGUUUGGCAUGACUUGCGAGUUUUGUUGUGGGGAUCGACCACGAUAUCGUUGGAUGCCUGUAAAGACAAAUUGUUGCAACUUACAAUCAUUGGGUUUGAGAGAGUCUAAACUGGCUUUGGCUCUGUCGUUUGUGACUUGGAGCAUAUUGUAUUGUUUAGCAAUUUUGCCCGAGGAUGCUUUCCUGGUUGGCGGUAGCCGAUAAGGACUCUAGCCCAAUGCACUCUUUCUUAGCAUCUCAACUUCUUUAGUUAAGUCAAUUUUGGGCACAUGCGCAGUGGCAUUUGCCGCUAGACAUUCCCAGCGAGUCUCUUGGUAGUAUUCCCCUCUGGCUAUGUUUGAUGGGGUAAAAAUGCGAUCGCUCCGCCAUGAUUCUGUACGACUAAAGGCU